UUCAGUUGUUUUGUUUUCGAGGGGAAGACCUUCAGGCUGGACGCUUUGCCGCUUUGCCGGUUUGGAAGUUUGAUGAGGACGGAAGUGAGUUGUCCCAACAAGUUUGAGGGGUAUCGAUCGUGCUAGGGAUUUGAGUGGAAGAUUUGAUCAUCGCGUUCCAGGAGAGCAGAGCGGGCUGAGCGAUUCGGAUCGCUCUCCACCUUCCGCCGCCGUCCCCCUUCCUCCCCCCGAUCCCCAAUCCAAUGGUGCUGGUCCUAGCGCUGGGGGAUCUGCACAUCCCGCACCGUGCGCCCGACCUGCCCGCCAAGUUCAAGUCCAUGCUCGUCCCGGGCAAGAUCCAGCACAUCAUCUGCACCGGGAACCUCUGCAUCAAGGAAGUUCACGACUACCUUAAAAGCCUCUGUCCUGAUCUCCACAUUACCAGAGGUGAAUAUGAUGAGGAUGCUCGCUACCCAGAGACAAAAACAGUUACUAUUGGUCAGUUCAAGCUAGGGCUAUGCCAUGGCCAUCAGGUUGUUCCAUGGGGCGACCUGGACUCCCUAGCGAUGCUCCAGAGGCAGCUGGAUGUGGACAUCCUCGUCACCGGGCACACCCAUCAGUUCAAGGCCUACAAGCACGAGGGGGGUGUCGUCAUCAACCCUGGCUCAGGCACGGGCGCCCACAGCAGCAUCACAUAUGACGUCAACCCGAGCUUUGUGCUCAUGGACAUCGAUGGCCUCCGUGUUGUUGUCUACGUGUACGAGCUCAUUGACGGCGAGGUGAAGGUUGACAAGAUCGACUUCAAGAAGACCGCCACGAUGCAUGGCUAAUGGUGCUUACGCAUGACAGAAAUCUGAUCCUGUUUGUUCUUACCCCCCCCCCCCCCCCCCCCCCCCCACCCCCACACCACACCACCACCACCACCACCACAAUUUCCCCGACCUGGAGCUCCUUUUCCUUUGUACCCUUCUGCUCGAUAUGAAAAACUAGAGCUGUGUUUACAUAUUAGUGAAUGGGAUAUGCGUGAUAUGAUUCCAACUCGCGCACAAACUGAAACGGUUUGUCAAGGAGGCGUCCCCCCUCAUGUAUCUCUCACUCAGUAUGGUGACCGGCUGAAUAGCAGCUGGCGCUGGCGUUUUUUUAGUGUUAAUCUCAGCAGGUCGCUGGAUCGAUGGAAAGCCCAGUGUCUACCCUGGACGUGAUGUGUGUGAACUCACCUGGUGCCGCCUAAUUACUGCUUUGUUGACGUGUUUCCUUAUCCAUGUAUGAGAUUUUUGUAAUAAUGGUGCUCUGGGCCGGAGCAACUUAGAUGGAUUCUCUGCCUUUAGGUAGUCGGUUCCCUUCCCAUUUGUCCUAGGUGGAUUUUGAAUCUUUGUAGGUGUUUGUGGUCAUGUUUUUCAGGCUUCUUUCUGAAUGAAGCCGGGGAGCUCUCCUUGUU